GCUAUCAUUCUCGAGAACUUCAAUCAAGCACAUCAGGAGGAGGAGAUCGGUAUAGUCGAGGAUGAUUUGGAGAUGUUCUACAUCCGCUGGUCAAAAUACGAUCCACACGCUGGCCAGUUUAUACACUUCAAUCAGCUGUCAGAUUUUAUCGCUUCGCUCGAUCCUCCACUUGGUAUUCCGAAACCGAAUACAGUUGCAUUGGUGUCGUUCAAUUUGCCAAUUUCGAAGGGAAAUAAGAUUCACUGUUUGGAUAUACUGCAUGCACUGGUUAAACACGUACUGGGGCACGUGGAGGAAACGGACAACUUCAAGCAACUUCAGGAUCAGAUGGAUCAGAAGUUUAAGAAGCAAUUCCCGACCAGGAAAGAGCUGGAGAUUGUGUCAUCUACGAGGAUCUGGAAACGUCAGGAAAAGGCGGCGAAAACUAUUCAGACGGCAUGGCGCGAAUACGUCAGGUUGAAGCGUGAACGAGAACGCUCCCCGAUGUCUCUGGACGAAGAAAACACACAAACUUCUAGCCCAGGAGGAUGGCAAAGUAAACUGUCCGCUUUGAACUUCCUGCAUCUGCAAGUUCACCGUCGUGGAACGGCUACUUCGAGCCGUGCCUCUUCUAGGAAGUCAUCCCGAGCAUCCGAUGCGUCCGAUUUGAGUGAGUUGGCAGGUCCGUGGCUUAAUCUACCGCUGAUGCUAGUGUCAGGAACAAGCGACAUGGUGAAAGAUGUUAAGCAGCAACAUUCAAAUGGACUGGAGAUGAAAGACGCACCGGAUGUGAAAGGACAGCGUCGUAAAUCGUUCUACAACUUCCCCUUCUUCCUGCGUCACCAGGACGCCGUCGAGGAAACGUCUACCUCAUCACCGCAGCCUCAGAAGCGGCCACUAAAAGACAGUGACACGAACCUGUCGCUUACCACCUCGCUCGAGAAGGUGCCAGUUCCGCCUCCAACGACGCCAAAGUCGAAGCGUGCCACAAGCUUCGUGAAGAAAAAACCUCCACUCGAGCGAGGAUUUUCCGCCCAGAGUGCUUUACGUCUGAAUCGUAAUGCGGUUGUGCCGGAUGAUACACUCUCGACGUCUGCCGCUGACGUGAGUAUACUCGUGACGGAACCAUCACCGGAUGUACCGACCGUUCCCGCACCGGGAGAAACACUCGUACACGUACUGGUGCACCGCGAGAGUGAAGAGUAUCAAUCGGAACUGGACGAGAAAGGAGAACCCAAAGUCAAAGAACCGCGCGAUCCAUCCCGUGCAAGUGACAUCAAACUUUCACCCGGCACGAACGUUGACUAUCAAAUUCUAGGUGGACUGGAAGGUGACCCACGUCCCGUCGUUACGAUCUGCGUGGAGAGUCCGAUGGAAUCGCCGGAUCAGGAUGGGAAUGCAGCCGGAGCUACCGGAACAGUUGCGAUCCCGAUCGAUCCGGAACCGAUCGAUGUUAAUCUGCCCCGUGAUACGAGCAAUAUAUUCUACGAUUACGAUGAACAAUCGACAACAGUUGCAGCUGAUGCUGGUGUUACACCUGCUGAGACUACUUCCGGAGAUGGUAGCGCUUUGAGCAAGGCCGAGUACGAUCCGGCUGUAACGGUGGAGAUUACGAAUGAGAUGCCGUGUAAGGCGAGUCGUUCGGCUAGCGGUCGUCAAGAUGAACCAACUGGUGAACGGUCUGGUAGCUACGCGGAAAAAGAUCUCCCUGAGGGACCGUCAAGCUGACCAUCGGAGCGGGUGAUCUCGGACGAAGAGAAAACGGCAGAUGACAGUUGACAAUCUACUAUCUGAGUAAGUUUGAUUCUCGCCUCUUAUG